UGAAGRAAUCUCGAGGUGUCAAGUUCGGCAUCAUUGUUUUUCUCUGUUUUACUGCUUUCUAAAUUACUAUAAACCGUGAAAUAUUGCYUAUCGAGACUACACAAUGCCUGUAUACUUUAAUACAGUCGAUAAUGCGGCCUCGAAACUGCAAAAAAUCAAGGAAUUCAUCGAUAGUGGAAUGGGCGCCACGUUAGACGUCGCGCUGGACUUAGAGGAGAGAAAGGAAGGCUGUGAAGAAGUUAAAGAACUUAAAGACACCAUGCUACAAUAUGCGCAGAUGGAGAGAGAUGUAGGGCAGUGGUUGAAAGCGCUUGAGAAGACAAAAGCUGAAGUUAAAGAACGUACUUCUGCCAAUGACGAAGUUCCUGACAUUGAAGCUAUCUUUGACAAGCAAUURAAAGCACUUGCUGCAUCYAACAAGAACAGUGAACUAUUUAGCCAUAAAARAGUGAAAGAUUUUGACUCCAAAAUCUGGAAAGUACAUCACGAAGGAAGACCUAUGCCAAAAGAUGGCGAAGAGGCUGCCGAAGAUGAAGAUGCCGACUUGAUCAUGUCMCAGGCUUCUGAACGUACAACCUGUCCAAUCACAACCACCGAGAUGAAAAAACCCAUGAAAAAUGUCAAAUGUGGCCACAGUUAUGAAAAGGAAGCUAUCGAGCACAGCCUUCAACUUGCAGCUAAGAAACGCAAGCCUAUGAGAUGCCCCAUUGCUGGCUGCAUUCAGCAUGUGACRGCUAAAGACUUGGAAGCAAACACUGAACUUGAAAGACUUAUUGCCAGGAAGAACAGGGCUCUAACUAAAUCAUAAGAUAGCUUUUAAAAUGUCAUUAUUUCUCGUUGUCAGAAACUAUUGAUUCUAGGAAAUGCCUUGUUGAAGUUUUGCUUAAAAUGCAUUACCUCAGGGUCAUAAGGCAGUUUUCUUCAAGUUUCCCAUGGCUACAAAUCUAUUCCUUGAUUUCCAAAAUUCAGACAGUUUUAAUUUCUGAAACCAAAGAAUCCCAGAAAAACAAAUGAUGUCCUAGUCUAAAGGCUAGACUUCCGAUCUGUGAGCUGCCCUAAAAAAGGUAUUUUCCAAGGUCUAGAUUUUCUCUCUUCCUGCCAUAUGAUAGAGGAUAUUGCAUGCUUGUAAAAAAUCCCAGCAAUUGAAAACUGAGACUAAUGUUUUCCUUGGUUGCAACAAUUCUUUAUUUAUAAUUCUCUCAAAAUCAAAUGGUAAGGCUCGCACACUGUGAAGUACUUGAAUUGAUACUCUUGUUAGUAAUUAAUUAACCCACCAUAUUUUGGUUAUUCUAAAUUGAAAUGUUAAUGCCUGCAGCAUUUUUUAGUUUAGSUGUUUUAUGGGUUAAGUGAAAUUACUCUUGUGAAUUGAAAGUGAUUCUUGUUGRUUUGCUCAUUGCAUGCUUUGGAAAGGAUUUUCCCUGGGAAUUCCCUUUUCCUCUUGAGGAUGUACAGGAUGAAAACAAAAUUUUCUAUAUUAAAUUUGGMUCUUACAUUAAAUAUGUAAUAAUACAUGAAGUAUUGAUAAUUAGAUAAUGUACAUUUUCAUCAGAAAUGUUAUGGUUCAAGUUGUAAAAACUACAAGCUAGCAGGCUGUGGUUUGUUAUUGAGAUUUUAUCAUAAAAUUUACCUUAAAUUGAAA